GUAUGACAAUGAUGUAUACUGGUAAUUUUCUUAUUUUAAUUAAUUUACCGCGAUUUCGACUAAUAUAUCAUUAAAUGUUUACUGAAAUCUAACGCACAAAUAUUUUGUCCUUUGUGCGUACGGCUUUAUUCGUCCUUUCAUUCAAAUUGCCCGAGCUGUAAAUCAAUUAUAGCUCUUGCCUUCUUUCGGCUUCAGUAUCUGAUUGGCUAAACUCAGUCAUUUUCGUUUCGUCACACUGAGCACUGAGGCGCUUUGUAAAGUAGUAUACAUGGAAAUCGGAUACAUGAAAAUCUUCAUUGAAGUUAGAAUAUGGGAAAAGCUUUUUAUUUAAAAGACAGUCUGUAAAAUGACCAGGAAAUAAGUCUUUUGACAAUAACGAAGCCUGUUAAACGGAAUUGAGGUUAUACAUAUCACCACGCGAUGAAGAAUAAUUCAGUAAAUGAUGCCGGCAUUGACAGCGGCACUAAGUGGUAUGAAGAGUUUCCAAAGGGUGAAGCACCCUACAAACAUACAAAAUCAGAGGUGGAAGUCUUAGACUUGAAAUCUGAAGCAAAGAAGUGCUUGGAUGCAGAAACGGCUGCAUUUCAGUUAAAGCAGUCAAAAUCACGCGAUUCAGAAAUUUUGUGGCUUAAAACUGCUUUGUCUCGUGGCACAAGUUCAGAUAAAAUUGCUGCUAGUGUUGUACUUAUACAAGACAAUCCAAAAUAUAAUCUUUCACGAUUAUUAUCAAUUGUCUCUCAAGUUCGUGCUGCAAAACAGAAUCAGUGUAUUGCGGUCAUUAAGUCAUUGCAAGAUCUGUUUUUGUCAGAUUUACUACAUCCUAAUUUCAAGCUACUCAAAUUUGAGGAACAGGAUUUAGAUUCACUAGUGAAUAUUGAUACAUUGAAUAAUAAGAAAAACAAAUCUCAGUUGGAAAUUAAAAGAAAGAAAUUACUUGCGCACUGGUAUUUUGAAGAUCAGUUACGAGAGCAGUACGAACGUUUUGUUACAUCACUGUCUACUAUUGCAUCAGAUACAGUAGAUACAAAUCGUGAGAAGGCAGUUGUCGCUAUGGCAGAGUUGCUCACAGCUAAUGGUGAACAAGAGCAGAAACUCUUGGAGUUUUUAGUGAACAAGAUAGGUGAUCCCAGCAGCAAAGUUGCAUCAAAAACUGUAUUCUCAUUAGGAAAAGUCCUGGAGGAGCAUCCGAACAUGAAACUCAUUGUAUUACGAGAAGUAGAAAAAUUGCUAUUCAGAAAGAAUGUAGCACAACGUGCACAGUACUAUGCCAUAUGUUUACUUACGCAAAUGGUAUUAGAUCGUGAGGACAAAGAAAUAGCUACAAACUUGAUAGAUGUGUACUUUGCAUUUUUCAAAGCUUGUCUUAAACGUGGUGAGCCUGACAGCAGGAUGAUGGGAGCAAUUUUAACAGGUGUCAAUCGUGCAUAUCCAUUUUCUAAUAUGGAUACAAAUAAUUUACGUAACCACAUUGACUCUGUUUACAAGGUGGUGCACGUUGGUUCUUUUAACGUAUCACUGAAUGCGUUAAGCCUUUUGCAUCAGGUUGUUGGCAAGGAUUCCACUCAAGCGGAUCGAUUUUAUUCAGCAUUUUAUCGAAAACUUAUGGAUCCUCAGAUUGGAGUGUCUAAUAAACGCGCGGUUUUUUUGAAUCUACUAUUCCGUGUACUUCGAAGUGAUCCAAGCGUUAUACGAUUACAUGCCUUUAUUAAGAGAGUGCUUCAAGUCUUGACGUAUUUCCCGGCAAACAUGGCUUGUGCGACUUUGUACGUGGUAUCAAAAGUUCUCCAAGUUCGUAAGGAUGCGAAACAGAUACUUGGUCCGUUAUCAACAAGGGUUAAAGCGGAAGCGGCAUCGGAAUUUGAAUCGUCCGACGUUACCACAGAACCAAGCUUAUCUAAAAUGAAAAUUCAAUUGGAGAACGAUAAUGACGUUAAAAUCAUGACUGAAGUGAAUCCUGCGAUAGACUCAAUAAUGCUCUCAAAUUUGAAAGUUGAAGCAGCAGGUAAAGAAAAGCAUGAAAAGGAUAUUGGAAUGGUGGAUUCCGUUAAGGAAGAAAAAGAUAAUCUCCAAUUCUACGAUCCCUUCGCCCGUAAUCCUCUUCGUGCCGGAGCCUACCACGGCACCUCGUGCGCUGAACUCUUGGCGCUUACCUCUCAUUUUCAUCCGAGUGUUGCACUUUUUGCAACUACCAUAAUUCAAGGAAAGCCCAUCGAUUAUAGUGGAGACCCACUAGAGGAUCUUACACUAAUUCGUUUCCUAGAUAGAUAUGUCUUCAAAAAUCCAAAAAGGUUGGAAAAGAAAAAGCUUGUGAAGAAGAAUGAUCCUCUCGCUCACCGUGCUGCGUAUACUCCGAAAGGGAUGCGUUCGAUCCCAGUUGACAGUAUGGCCUAUAUAAAUGAACGCGAAGAGCGCAUUCCUGUUGAUGAGUUCUUCCUCUACAGUUACCUUAAAAAUAAGAAUGAGUUGCGAAAUGGUGAAUACUUUAAGAAAGAGAAAGAGGAGGACGAGGAUAAUGAAAGUGUAAAUAGCGAAGAGUUUAAUGUCAUGUUGGAUAACCUUGGUAAAGAAAAAGAUUUUGAUGAAUUAGACAUCGCUGGUGACUUUGAAUCUACCAAGAUUAACAGGAAAAAAAUUGUUGAUGAAAGUGACGAUGAGGACGAGGACGAUGACGAUGACGAUGACGAGGAUGACAUUGAUGACGACCUCAUGGAUGGGGAAAGUGACGUUGAUCUUGAGGAUGUAAAUGAAACUGAUGAAGAUGGUCUUGAUGAUUUAUUGGAAAUGGAUGACAUUGAUGACGAAGACCUGAGCGACAUUGACUUUAAUGAUUCUGAUGAUGAAGACGGCGUCGAGAAAGAGAUGCUUCGUAGCAAAGCAAAGUCUUUCAAGAAGAGUAGUAAAGAUAUCGGCAAGAAUUCAAAGAAGAAGAGUAAAGGCUUGGACGAAAAUGUCUUCAUGUCAGCUGAAAAAUUCGCAGAGAUGCUCGAGGAGCAAGGACGUUCAAAGCUUAAGCAUGGUGGCACGAGCGAAUUAAGUAAUGCAGAUGGAGCUAGUAACAAACAACUGGAUUGGGAAAUGGGUAGGGAUCAGCGACUCAAAGGAAAUUAUAACAGAAACAAGAGAAAAGGUGCCGCAGCUUCGAAAAAGAGAAAAGGUGUAAAAAGAUUUAAGCGAUAGAAAUUCCAAAAUAUAUAUUGCGAUAAGUUCCUUUACUAUUGCCUAAUUGAUUAAA